CCAAUGCGCGAUGCAAGCCGGUGGUGAUUCGAUUUUAGCCGGCGUGUACGCAUAGUCUCAGUCAGUCGUCUAGCCAGUGCUCGUGCGUAUCGGUGCGUUUCACGGCCGGAAUAACCGAAAAUUCUACUUUCUCGCGCGUUCUAACGGAGCACGUUUGAUGAUACCGAGCUCGGUCCCGAGUUGCGAUCGGAUAUUUCUUUCGGUGAUACUACACGCGCAGUGUGGACGUACACAAUUGCGCGGAACAUGCGCCGCGCAUGGGACACGUGCGCGCGGUGUCGAACUUUGUAACUCUCCUUCUCGCUCUUCUGCCCUGACACAGUGCUGGUGGCUUUCACGGAACGCGAAACAGAGAGACGCAAGUGCGUCUUUCGAAGUGUAGCGUAAACACCGGUUGUUGUUAAAGAUCGUCGAGAUCGGUGAAUGAAGUCACGGUAUCACUCGCGCUUGACACGCCCCUGACAUCGGUAAGAUCUCCUCUCCUCUUCUCUCACUCGGCGCUUUAUCGCAGGCGUCGCGGAAAUGCGGUGGAAUUUUGACAUGGCGCAGCCGGCAUCGUGUGCUCGCGGUUCGUAACUGUGUCACGAGUACACAGUCGAAACUUGUCGAGACUUUGGACUUAUUGGAGUUAUUUAUCAUCCCCGAUUUCUCGGACACUCGAAUUGGCGCGCGAAAUCGGCGACCGUGCGCGUCCUAUAGUUCCUCUGUCACGAUAAACGAAACGAGUAUUACGCACUCACGGAGCCGGUGAAUCGAAAGAGCUGGACGAGCAAUUGGGCACGAGCGCGAUCAAGAAGGUAAAUACCCAUUGGAAGGUAGCUGCGAGAGGGACGGUGAAGGUCACGGAGUUGAGUCUAAGGGUGGCAUCAUGGACUCUCAUCAGCAGCAAUUCUGCCUCAAGUGGAACAGUUUCGGCAGCAACCUAGCAACGACGUUCUCGAACUUAUUCAAAAGCGAGAGUCUCACCGAUGUCACCCUCUUCUGCGAGGGAGUUACGUUCAAAGCGCACAGGUUAAUUCUCGCAGCAUGCAGCAAGCACUUUCAGGAGCUCUUCGAAGGAAUGCCGCCUUCUCCCGCGGGACUGAUCGUUAUUCUCGAUGGGACGAGUGCCCACAAUAUGGCGUCCCUCCUCGAAUUCAUGUACCGUGGAGAGGUACACGUGUCCCAGGAAUCCCUCAGCUCCUUCCUCAAGGCGGCUGAAUGCCUUCAAGUUAAGGGUCUGUCGAUCAUCGAGCAUGAGAAACUGGCUGUGGCGCAGAGGCACGCCGCGGAGAGCAGCAAUACCUCCGCGGAUGUUGAAGGUAGUAGUGGAAGCGGGGGCGGCAGUAACGGUACCAUCGGGGGUAACGGUAGCGUGGCUGGUAUCGUCGGCAAUGGGGGUGGCGUCGGCGAUGUGAACGACAUGAGCGAGGCCGGCGAGGCCACCAUGCUCAGGAACACCAUGAAGAGAACCCCCACACCGGUACCGUCGCCCGUCCCGGCGUACCCUGUACCCAACAUGUACUCGAGCUCUCACUACUACGAGAGCCUACCGAAGAGGCUGAUGAGAUCGCCGAGCGACGUCGACACGUUGGGAAGAGCGAGCGUAUUGCGCGACGGCGCUGCCUUCCGGCCAGCGUCUGCCCCGCAUCCGCUCCUACUGGAGAAUCACUUCUAUCAACCGUUCACCCAUCCCUCUGAGACUCCCUUGCAUCCUCACACCGCGCCUCAUACGCCCACGGAACUGGAACAGCAAUUGGAACGAGCGCGAUCCGAGGAACGCAGCAACUGUGAUGUCAAGGAGAGCGUUGCCGAAGAUCUUCGAAUAAAACAAGAGCCAGUAGCGUUGACCGAUCGGGAAAGGGCGGAGAAGCUGGCGGAGAGAUUGUCCGGCGAGGUUUAUCCCGGACGGGGGUUGGACGCGAGCUCGUACGGCCCAAACUCGGAUCAUCUGCCGCACGGGGCGCAGCUGGGUCCGGCGAUGGUGCCGAUGCCACCGGCUCAUCCGCCGACACCCGAUCAAAAACCCGCCACGCCCGCUAUGUGGAACACGAAGAUCAACAAGGCCAGCACUGUCUCCACUAUCGACGGUGGUAAAAAAUUGAAGUGUCCCUUCUGCGAGAGAUUGUACGGUUACGAGACGAAUUUACGCGCCCAUGUACGGCAACGUCAUCAGGGUAUCAGGGUGCCGUGUCCGUUUUGCACGCGGACGUUCACCAGGAACAACACGGUGAGACGGCACAUCGCGCGGGAGCACAAGGAGGAGCUCGACAUGAAGACGUUCCAGCAAUCCAAUCAUUCGGUCUCGGACACCGUGCCCCAGUAACAAAGUCUUCGGCGUCGCUGUCGUCCUCGCCGUCGCCACCGCGGUCGUCGAGGUCGCGGUUUGCGCGCACGCGCAGUGGUACCGGAAGCAACGAUCCCGGUGACCACCCCGUUAGAGUUGACGGCGAAACCGGACCGCGGAUAGAGGUGCGGAAUAGAGGAGAGGCUGCAGAGUAGGUACCUUCGUUUUCCCUUCGUCGUCGUCAGCGAACGCCGUCCCGUUUCCUCGUCGCGAGGACAAUUUUCUCCUCCUCGUGCGCUCCUUAAAAAUCCGUCGAGACGCGUUAAUGAGAAAAACGACCAUGAAGAUUUCGUUUCACGGAGGAAGAGACACACGGAAGAGCACGAAACGUGCAGAAUGCGCACGGAUAUGCUCGCGAAAACACUGCGAAUCACAAAACUAGUCAAUGAAAGUGCAACGGUCAAGUAAAAAUUAUUGAACGCUAGAAACUUCUUAAACGGGCGAGAGAUAUGAAGGUAAAAAGCGGAGCGAACAGAGCAUAAAUAUACACUCACACACGAAGACAUUUAUUGUUAGCAUUUAUUGUUAGCACGACGCAGACGACUGCGAUGAGAGAACAACGCAAACUCAGGUAAACUAAUCACAGCGCGAAAAGCAUAGUGUUUUUCAGAUUAUUCAUCAUUACCAUAGAUAUCGGAGAAUUAAAUUCGCCGUGGUAUAUUUCAUCGUUAACCAUUUACUUAUUUCCGCUACUAUAUCGUUGUUGGUGAAUCGAGCCUAUGGGAUCGUGAUACUUGAGCGAUAUAUAUUGAAGGAGACGUUUAGACGUUACGCGCGCACAGUGCCAAAUCAGACGCUUUUAUACUCUAUAUCAGUUUUCGCCCGUUCGUACACACGCGUGACAUACACAUUUAAUUGCUAUAUAAUAAUAAUACAUAUCGCGCCGAGAUGACACCCGACGACACGCAGACCUUUUAUACAGAUACGAUUUUAUAUGACAUUUACUAGGACGGAUGUAUAUCGUGCGAUUAGCCGCGGGAUAACGCACGACUGUCGAUGAAUACUUUUUGGCGAACGCUCAUCGAAGAGACGCGAGAGAGACGAGCAAUAUAAUCUCACGUUGAUACAUCAUUACGUCGACACAUUGAUUUUUCUAAAAUAAUUAGAAACGCGUCCAGUCGCAUUCGCCACGGAAGUUUCUCUCGCAGCGCUGGCUAAAUCCCGCGGCGAAACAAUCACUACCACUUUGUUACCUGUUUACAAUGUUUAAAAAGAUGCGGAUUUUUGUCCGCAGAGCAAUAGUCGCGUACCGUGAAUAUAGCGUAUAGAGCCAUCGAUCACGUAAAGGAAAAUAGUGCGCGCGAUUGCGCGCGAAAUAGUUGCUAUCCCGGUUGUAUAAGAGAUGUGAUCAAUGCAAUAGAUUUAUAUUACACAUUACCUAUAUGUAUAGAUAUAUAGAGAUAUAUACUCCUAGUCAGGAUGGCACCCACGAUAUUACUUGUUACAGUAUUUACACUUUAUACAGAUUAUUCUCUCUUAUUUUUUUUUUUCCCGUUGUAUUUGUUCUCCCUUUUGUUUUAUGCAGAAAGUUUAUUCUCACAACGAUACCGCCUAUACCGUAAGUUUAUCAGAGACAAUAGACGAUAUAUAGAGAAUUAUUUAGUAUUUAAAGCGCGUCGUGCGCGAGCUGGGGAUACAAUAGUACAUGAGAUAGAAGCCGAAGAAAUAGAUAGAUAGAUAGAUAGAUAAAGAGAGUUUCAGUUUUAUUUUUCUUUCCGUUUUUCUUUUUUCUUUUCCCUUUUGUUCUUCUUUUCUUUUUAUAUCAUUCAAUAUACGUGAAAUAUGUACGCGAGUACUCGUCGCGCACGCGCGCAUAUACUCUGCCAAAAAAGUAUGACAGUACUACCUCAUUGUUUUGCAAUGCAUUACACACACACAGGGAACACAAUAGCUAUAUGAUUACACUAUGUAUGAUAAAAAUCUGUACAUUCCGUACAGCCAUUACUACUACUUGUCCAGUUAAUGUCGGAGCAGUUUGCCUGCCAUUGCUACCCUGGCGUAGGGUAACGCAAGAUCGUGGAUCUCGGAGCUUGUUAAUCACGAUCAAACCAAUUCCGAUUUAUUUUCGCAUCGUAAAUCAGAACGAAUUUACCCAAUGCUAGUCAAUUAUAUACAUUUAUUCUCUGCCGCGAUUAGUUUCAUCCCGCCAACAGAAUUCGUCAAAAGCUCCGGGAAAUUCGAGAAAAGUUCCGAGAUCCUCGGAUCAUACGAUGAUGUCUAUCUAUUAUACGUAUAAUAGAUCCGUUUGUUUUCUUUCCAUUUUUAUUGCGAGGGCGCGUUAUAAAAUAACACAAGUGUACGUACGUACGACGAUAAGUCUUAGCGAGAGGAGUGAGUGAGAGAGAACGUACAUGCGUGAAUAGCCGUGCGAAUAAAUGCGUGCGCGGUUUUUCGCGAAGAUGUUUUCGCGUGCGAGAUGGUUCGGAAGAAAAGAGGAAGAGCCAAAUUUGCGAAAUCCGUUGUCAAAAUUGCGACGCGUUCGUCUGCUUGCCUGGUGGCGAGAGAGCGAGCGAGUACGCGGAAAGAAAGAGCGUUAAUUGCCGAAAGUCGGCGAUGUACUGAUGAGCGACAAGAAAUAGCGAUAGAGGAAAAGCGAAAUUUAUAUUCCGACGAAGGUGACACCGAUUAUCUCGAGGGCGCACGAAAUUAACCGGGGAUGGAUGGGAUUGAUGAUGCUGGACGACGAAGAUUACAUAGUCAUAGGGAAGUUAAUUCCACGGGGAGAAGCUGCGGGAAGGAUAUUCAAAGAUAUUAUGUGUCGUUUACGUAUGUGAUGAAGAUAGGAACAUACACACACGCGCAACACGUACACACAUACGCAUACGCAGGGGUUGGGAGGGGGAUGGAUAGAAAGAAAGAGAGAGGUAAUGGAUGAGAGAGGCACGUACACAUGCGUGGACAGCACGCAGAAUACAUGCUCUGUGUAAAUAGAUAUGGUAUCGCGUAUGCCAAGUUAUAAUGAAAAUCUUUUACUUAAUAUAUAUACGAAAUAUAUAUAAAUAUAUCUAUUGUUUUCGGCUGUUCUGCUAAGCAGAGGCAUACGACAAAAACGGGAGGAAGAAUGAAUACCUUUAAGUGGUACAAUGAAUUAGCGUUAAGUUUAAGAAGUAGAAGGAUCCGGUUAUAUCGGCAAAGAGCGAAAUUUGAAAGUUAGGAUAAUAACGUCAGGCGCGGAAUUUCAGACGGGAAGAGGCGGUUAAACCCAGGGUUUAAUAUUGUUUUGUCAUACGUAAGGAUUAUAGGAGAGUGCAUACGUAGUAAAAGUAUUCCACUUACUCAACACUUACACACACACGUACACACAUUGCAGUACACACUGAAAGAACAGAGGGUAAUGUCUCAAUCGAGGAAAUUACAAAAAAAAAAAAAAAACACGUACCUAAAAGAUAAUCAACGUAGAGUUAAAAUGAAUUUAGAAUUAGUCACAUUAUUAUAUUAUCGCGACAUCGGUUACGCGCGUAAAUGUAUUUGCAACGGCCAGAAAUCUUGGACCGACUUUUCUUCCGAAAUUACAUAUAUCUUUCGCGAUAAACUUUGCUUCAUUGGUGGUUGUCUCUUGUCUCUCGGAAAAUCCGCGUUUAACUCGACCUUCUAAAUUCUUGUCGACUUCGUCGUAUCGCUUUGCUCAAAAUGAAUUUUGUCGAAAUAUCAUAUCGGCAUAUCGCUCGCAUGCGAGCGAAAUUUUUAUUUUUAUUUAAAAAAAUUUUUUUUAUUUCUUUUUUUCUCUCGAUUCUUUCUCUGAUUUCGUUCGCGUCAGCCCCGAGAGUCUCCAGGGCUCUCCAGAGAAUAAUAUAUUAGAUUUCGCCGUUACGGUCAAUUUUCGUCGAGGUACGCGUAUAUAAGGGAUCGGAUCCGCGGCCGCAAGUCGAAAGUGCGAGACGCGCGCGCUUCCUUCUUCAAAAUUUUCAAGAUCCUCGGAUCCGGUUAUAUCCGGUGUAAAGAUUAUACUUGGUCUAUAUGUAUAUAUAUGUACACGCCGAGAGAAAACAAGCGUACACACAUACACAAUUACACAUUACACAUGUACACGACACCCGCGCGAUGCGUGUACGCGUAGCAGGCGCGCAAACGUACGCGUAUGUAUGUACCAUUAUUGUAUCACGGCGUAGGAUAAAAUGUUGCAUGUUGUUUCUAUAAUAUGUGUUUUACGGAUUGAGAAUCCUUUAUAGAUGUCGUGUGUGACACAAGGCUUGACAAGAGAUGCGAGGGAGAUUUCACACUGUGACUCGCUCGUGCGCGCGCGCUUUCGAGAAGCGUAUGCGAAAAAAAAAAAUCGUAACGUAAAAGCUUAUCCAAAUAAUCGAAAUGGAAAAUUUGUCGCGAAACUUGAUUCCACAAAUUUGGCUGCAAUUAUUUGUUAAGUAAUAUUUUCUAAAUUAAUAUAAGUAUGAGAUGUGACGAGUAGAUAUAUUCGACCAAGAGGAAGUCUUACACUUCUUCUUUUCGAUCCACUUUUUCUGCAUACGAUUCGAACGUCAUUAAAGAGGCGAUUGCGUUGAUUCAGGAAGAUCAUCGAAUCGCAUUAACAAUAUUAUAGUUACACAAUUCGAUCCAAUUUUGCUUGAAAACUACGCGCGUUCGAGCACGUCGAGAUUUAUCGAUUGUCACGGUGUGAACGGGCUUUCCGCACAACGGGGAACCUUCGUUAUCAUUUGCGUCGCACGGGCAGUGAGCUUCAUGAAAGAUGAAGAAAAAAGCACAGCUGGCCGCGUGACGUGAAUGAGGGAGCAAAAUUGAAUGUCAUCACUGCACCUACACCGCGCGCAGAGAGUGCACUGGCAACUACUGUACCGUUUGCUCGUAUAGUAUAUAAUAGUACUAUACCGUAGUUGGAUUAAUGAUUACAUAGUACAUGUAUCACGCACGCGCAUAAGCAUUAUUUAAAAUCGACGAAGCAAAAAAAAAAAAAAUGAAAAAGCAAAAAAAGCAAAAAGAAGAAAAA